AUGAAGCUCGAGCCACUGAAAGAAGUUCUCAAGCGCCAAAUCCCGGUCGAUGUUGGCAAAGCAAUCCCGAUGCUGGUGUACGAGCUGGAUCAUCCAAAAAACUGUGGCAAACCCUGGAUUGGGGCUUACUCUGCGCAUGGUUUCUGGUAUAAAUUUUUUGAUGGGACCAAUGAAGACUUUGAAAAGGCUGUUGCGAUGUCUUUUGAAAGUGAUGGAUACAAGCUAAAUUACGAAUCGUUGAAAGUGUGGAAAGAUAUUUUUGCUGACAAUUUCCGUUUUAUUGUUGCCAAAAAUCUAAAUGUUGUGAGUGAGGUUGUUGAUAAGCAGAUGGUUCUGCUGAUGAAUAAGCACGGUCUUCAUUUGCUGACAAGGACCUUAUAA